AUGGGAAAUUGGGCAGAACUCCCAGAAGACAUACUUGUUCUAAUUGCUAAACGAAUAACUCUCUUCGAAGAUUUCCUGUUUUUCAGUGGAGUUUGCAGAUCAUGGCGUUCUGUUGCAGUCAACGACAAUUUCAAGGGAUCUGAACAAAUCCCGUGGCUUAUGCUAUCUAACAAAGAUAAACCCGACGAGCGUCAAUUUGUUAGCAUGAGAAAAGGCGGCAUUAUUCGCACAGUCAAUUUACCAGAAGCUAGGGGAAAACGAUGUCUCGAGACUUUAGGAUGGCUGGUAACUACAUCCGAAGACGGUGACAUCAAUCUACUCCAUCCUUUCACUAGAGUUCAAAUUAAUCUUCCCCAUAUCUCUACCUCCGCAUACGACCACCCGAGAAGGAAUAAGUAUCUGAGUUUCAUAAAUAAGGCGGUCUUGUCUUCACGUCCAGAGGAGGGCAAAGAUUAUGUACUCAUGGUUAUAUAUGCUGCAGGCUAUGCAGGCCGUGGACAUCUUGCUUUCUGGAGAUCCCGAGACAAGUCCUGGAUCUUCGUCAACAUCGUUUGGUUCUAUGAUAUCAACUUUUAUAAUGGACUAUGUUAUGGGGUCGCAGGUUCGGGCACGGUUCAUGCUUUUGACGUUUUGGGGCCUAACCUAACUGUGCCAUUGGUUGUUGGAUAUGGUCCUAUAUCCCCGUCCAUUUUAUUGGAAGAAGACCCCUGUGUUUUCGAUAAUGAGGAUGAAUCUAGGGUUGAUUACGAGACGUGUGGAUUUACAGUGUUCGAGGUUGGUUCAAGCGAAAAAGGGAAAGGCGUGGAGAAAACGAGCUUAGGCAACAAGGCCCUGUUCUUGGGUGACAAUGUGCCCAUCUCUGUUGACGCCUCAAGAUUUCAAGGGAUCAAAGCUAACUGUAUCUAUUACACUGAUAGUUUCAAGCGAGGAAGAAAAUACAUGGGUAUUUACAGCAUGGAAGAUGGAAGCCUGAGCCCUUGCUAUGAAGGGGAGACUUCAAGUCCUAUUUGUCCACCGAUCUGGGUCAAUCCGUCGUCGCACUGA